UACUACCUUAAACCAAUCUCUUUGACCGUAGAAUGAAUCUAAUAUCUUUGGCAUUUCUAGUAUUAGGUAAUUAAUUAAUACAAAAGUUCAAUUUAUCUUAUAGAUCGUAAGGAGGCGAUAUUCGAUUCCUUCAAACAGUAUGGCCACUUGGGAUGGCUCAUGUCACGAACCUGAAGAUUCAAAUUAUUUUUUUUAUUCGGGUCAAAAUAGUGCCAUACCUAAUCUAGAAAGUUGGACUUUUUAUCCCAGUAAUGGGAGCAACGUUUUUUUCCAUAGUACUCAUGCACCAUAUUCACAAAAUACUUCAAUGAUGUUGGGACAAAGUGAACAGCAGCAUAUUGCUUCGUGUCAAACGGAUCCUAAUUUUUCAUCAAGUUCAUUAAAUUCAAUGCCUUUAAGAGACGCUUGCCCAGAUUACUUAAAUGCGACAGGCAGCGCACAAGACUGUCAAGGUAACAGUAGGUCACAGAAUAUGCCAGCUCAUUAUUAUCAAAGCCAUCGACAAGGGAAACGUGUUAAGAAUUAUAGAGAUAACAAUAAAUAUGAAUUUUCUAAAGAUGCUACUCGCAACAAUAGCAGCAUUGUCGAACAUUCCAAUUUACAUCCUACUGCAAAUGAAUUUGUACCGCAUGGAAUCAAAAAUUACACAAAUCAAACUAAUGCAAGUCUACAUGUUUCUAAUUCGGAAGAUUCUAAAGCUAACUUACCGCAAGAAACUUAUGCUUCUGAUAAUGCGAGCAAAUAUAAGAAUAAGAAAUAUAAUGGGAAGAAAAAUAAUUCUUACAAAUACAAAGAAACGCAGGAUUAUAACUUUCGACAAAGAAAUUCAUUUCAAAAUUCCUAUAAAACUCAACACGGCAGAAAUUAUAGAAAAUAUCCAAAUACUUCUGAAGAGGCUGGAGGCAUGUUUUAUAAUCCUAGAAAUAAUGCAACCACCGAUGAAACUCAGAAGAAUGAAAAAUUUAUGAAUAUUGAUGCAAAUGUCAAUGCCAAUAAAACUAAUAUAUCUAACACCGAAGAAGAACAUGAAACUGGUGAUCAAGUAAAAGCUGAUAAAGAAAAUACAGAUGCUAGUGGAACUACAAGUCAAAAUUAUGAACAAUUGAGUAGAAGUAAUUAUCAACGCCAUAAUACUAAUUUUGGAACACAACGUAUUCCUGCUAAAUAUGGUAGAAAAGUUUCAAAUGAUCGCAAAAUUGGUAGAUAUGAUAAUAAUUAUCGUGAGAGAAAAAGUAACUAUCAGGAGUAUAAUAAUUACAAGGAGAGACAUGAAGAAAGUAAAGUAGAUACUACUAAGGAUAAAUAUAAAAAUAAAGAUAUAAACCAAGAAACUAAAGAGGUAGAAAUUGUUAAUUGGAGACAAAAGGGAGAAAACAGUGAUAAAAGUAAUAUUCCUAAACGAAAGCCGAAUAAAAAACACGAAGAUGAUGAUGCAAGUCAGAGAGAAAGAUUAACAGAUCAGUUAAAUAGAGGACAAUUAGAAUGUUUAGUAUGCUGCGAAUAUAUAAAGCAAAAUGAUUACAUUUGGUCUUGUUCCAAUUGUUAUCAUGUUUUACAUUUAAAGUGUAUAAAAAAAUGGGCAAAAUCUUCCCAAGCAGAAAACGGUUGGAGAUGUCCCGCAUGCCAAAAUGUGAGCACUAUGAUUCCUGAAGAAUAUUUUUGUUUUUGUGGAAAAACAAAAAUGCCUGAAUGGAAUCGCAGAGAUAUGGCUCAUUCUUGUGGUGAAGUUUGUGGGAGAUCUCGAAUCAAAAACAACUGCCCUCAUAAAUGUACUUUGCUGUGUCAUCCAGGAUCUUGUCCAUCAUGUAUUGCAAUGGUAACAAAAAAUUGUGGUUGUGGUAAAACAUCGCAAACGCUACAAUGCUGUACAUUAACACUAUUACUCUGCGAUUCUAUUUGUGGUAAAGUAUUGAAUUGCGGAGAACAUACGUGUGAAAAAAAAUGUCAUCAUGGGGAAUGCGAACCUUGUGAUAAAAUUAUACAGCAAGAAUGUUAUUGUGGAAAAAGUAAAAGAGAUGUAACUUGUCAAUCUGACGUAUCUUCAACAUAUUCCUGUGAAAAUAAUUGUAAUAAGGUAUUAGAUUGUGGAAAUCAUAAAUGCAAAAAACCUUGUCAUUCGAAUUCAUGCGAGCCUUGUGCAUUUACACCUGAUAAAAUUACUACAUGCUGUUGUGGACGAACACCACUGUCAGAUGAAAGAAAAUCUUGUUUAGAUCCAAUUCCAACUUGUGAUGAAAUAUGUUCUAAACGUCUUAAUUGUGGUCAGCCUAGUAACCCACAUACAUGCAAGGUAAAGUGUCAUCAAGGAGAUUGUCCUGAAUGCGAUUUAACAACGGACGUUAAAUGCCGUUGCGGUAAUAUGGAUAGAGAAAUUCAAUGUAAAGAUUUAACGACCAAGGCGGAUGAUGCACGUUGUGAAAAGAAGUGUAUUAAAAAGAGAUCUUGCGGAAAACAUAAGUGUAAUCAAAUGUGUUGCAUUGAUCUUGAACAUAUUUGUCCUUUACCUUGUUCUAAAACAUUAAGUUGUGGUAGACAUAAAUGUGAACAAMCCUGCCAUAAAGGUAGGUGCCAACCUUGCUGGCGUAGUAGUUUUGACGAAUUAUAUUGUGAAUGUGGUACAGCUGUAAUAUAUCCACCUGUACCUUGUGGAACUAGAAGACCCAUUUGUGAUAAACCUUGUUCACGUGAUCAUUCGUGUGGUCAUGAAGUAUUUCAUAAUUGUCACAGUGAAUCUUCAUGUCCCCCAUGUACUUAUCUUACUGAAAAAUGGUGUUAUGGCAAGCACGAACUUAGAAAAGCUGUUCCAUGUUAUUUUAAUGAAAUUUCAUGUGGCUUAAUGUGUAAUAAGCCUUUGUCCUGUGGAAGACAUAAAUGUAUAACUACAUGCCAUCCUGGAUCAUGUGAAAAGCCAGGACAGCAAUGUGUUCAACCAUGUAAUACAUUAAGAGAAUUAUGUGGGCAUAUAUGUGCGGCUCCAUGUCACGAGGGAAAAUGUCCUGAUAUACCUUGUAAAGAAAUGGUUAAAGUAACGUGUCAAUGUGGACAUAGAAGUACGACCAGAGUAUGCGAAGAAAAUUCGCGAGAAUAUCAAAGAAUAACCAGCAACAUUUUAGCUAGUAAAAUGGCUGACAUGCAACUAGGUCAUUCUGUUGAUUUAGAAGAACUUUUUGGACCAGGAGCAAAGAAACAAAAUCAAUUGAAAAUUCUCGAAUGUAGCGAUGAAUGUAAAAUAAUAGAACGUAAUAGAAGAUUAGCAUUAGGGCUUCAAAUUGUUAAUCCAGAUUUAAGUGGAAAAUUAAUGCCAAGAUAUACCGAUUAUAUGAAACAAUGGGCAAAAAAAGAUCCUCAUUUUUGUCAAAUGGUUCAUGACAAAUUAACAGAAUUAGUGCAGCUUGCAAAGACUUCUAAACAGAAAUCAAGAAGUUAUUCGUUUGAUAGUAUGAACAGAGAUAAGCGUCGUUUCAUUCACGAAUCCUGCGAACAUUUUGGUUGCGAAAGUCAAGCAUAUGAUUUGGAGCCAAAAAGAAACGUUGUUGCUACUGCUGUAAAAGAUAAGUGUUGGCUACCAAGUUAUAGUUUAUUAGAAAUUGUGCAAAGAAACAAUGGACAAAGAAAAGUUCCAGGCCCGAUAUUGAAUACUACAAAAGCCAACAGUUCAAUAAAAACAAUCUUAGCAUUACCUGUAAAAAGAAGUCAACAAAUUGUACCAACUCCAUCAACUUCUUCAAGAUCACCAGAACCAGAACCAGAAAUAGAUUAUUUCUAUUAUAAAGGUUAUUAAAGAUUAUUAACAAACAGGUACUAUUUAUAUAUUCAAUAUAUAGUUCAUUU